AUGUCAGUGGAGAGAAAGAGAGGCGGUGGCGGAGGCGGAGGGGGAAGCAGAAAAAUCUUCUCUCUCGGUAGUGUCCUCGCCCUCUCGGCUGUGGCUAGUGCCGCUCUGGCUGCGCCCCAACUGGAGUCUCGUCUGCGUCGUGAUGUCUCCGAGCUGGUGGAUCCUGCAGCUGCAGCGGCAGCAGCACCCGUGGAGUAUCUGCCUCCAGGCAUCACUGAGGCCGCUCUGCUGGAGGAACCACUGCCUGUGGAUGCUGAUGCUGAUGCUGAAGCUGAAGCUGAUCCCGAGGGCACCGUCCUGGGCGGCGAGGGCUACGAGUACCGCACUGUGCGCCGCCUCAAGCUGCGUCAUCGCAACCGUCGCGAUGUCUCUCACUUGCAGGUGCAGGCUCCUGCCCGUCAGUAUCUGCCCCCCAGUCAGGCCUAUCUGCCACCAGCUCCUGCUGCUCCUGCCGCACCUGCUGCACCCAUCGAUGACACCGAAGAGGUGGUCUCUGCCGUCGAGCCAAAGCUGGCGCUCGCUCGGGAGUAUCUGCCGCCCGUGGAGGUGAGCACUGAAGCGGCCCCCCUGGAGGAGACCACCACACCGCUGCCGGAGGAGCCCGAGGCCGAUGUCCGUGUGGUGGAUGUGCCCGCCAAUGGCGGCGCCGGGCAGCUGCUCCAGGAUGGCUAUCACUACCAGCAGCCGGCGGAGAUGCCCGCAGAGCUGCGCGAGGCGGUCCGCGAGUAUCUGCCGCCUCUCGGGGAUGAGGCUGUAGUCGUGGAGGGUCCUGCCGAUGGCCAGAGUGCUGUCCUGACCAACGACGGCUACCAGUACCGUGCCGUCAGGCGUUACAGAUUUUAAAUUUCUCAAUUUCCCCUCGACUUGCAUUAAC